GACGAGUCAGGCUGUGUCUGGGGGUUUACUUCUGGGUUCGGAGAGUUUUGUAUUUAUUUUCCAGGCACAAUAUGGACGGGAGAUAGCAAGGGGCUCGGGGUAGGCUAAGGAUGGUACCUAUGCUGUGUGGUAUUCAGUAACUCCUAUGGACGUCACUACAGUCAUCAUCUCAUCCAUCGCCAAGCAGAUCUUUGCAAAAGCUUGGUUAUGUCAUUGGCGCGGUCGGCAAAUAGUUAAUGAACGUGAUGGACACGAAAACCCCCCCAAUGGCGCUGCGAUCUCGCCGUCAUCUCUCACUGACCGGUGCCGUGGGGUUAAGUUCAUUCCAGGCACCCGACCACAACCUACCUGGGGCUCCGGGUACCGCAAGGCCCUGGAGGUAGCGGGGCUCUUCCCUGCCCGCUGCCUGCGUCAGCGGUUUCCUUAACGCCGUUGGAGGCGCUCGCAGGGAUCGGGACGUUCAACAGCCCGCCCUGGAACUCAAAGAAACAAAACCCUCCACAGCCUCGAGGUAUUCUCUAUCCUCUUUGCAGUUUCUCUCCACUUGCGACUACCGGUGCUGCCGGUUUUCUCUUCCUCUCGCUUCGUUGUUCAACGGCAUUGCUCCACAGCAUAUCACUUGGACUCUUCUCUUGAUCUCUACAGUUCGAGCAGACCUGCGAAUAAUAUCGACAGCCACACUUCUUCUGCCUUGGCUACUUUCUUCUCGAAGCUGUCUCGACGUAUUCGCCACCAACCUCACUGGCGCCGCCAUGUCGGGCCUUCGAUCGUGGUUCCGCGGCUCUGCUGCUCCAGCCUCCAAAUCGUCCACGAAACCUCCAAGUACAGUGUCGAGUCCCACGACAAGCACCCAUUCUCUCAAUGGCGCCAAGUUCGGUAGCAAGAAGAAAAAGGGAACUGUUUCCGAAAAUGAGCAAGAAAUUCAGGACAUGGAGGAUGCCAUGGUGGCCGCCGGCCUAAUAAUGAAUGACGAUAUCGAGGGGGCAGAGGUGCGGCUGCGCAUGCGGGAAGACUCCUCAACCUUCCACGCCCUCGGAAUGGGAGUUUCGACGUUUAUGAGGAGCAUUCUCAGUUUCGAAAAGGAUAUCAUGAACGAGGCCGCAACUAGACUGAACGCAACGGAAGCCAGGGCUUGGGAUGACAAGACAAAGGCCGAGAAGGAGGCGGCCAAAGCCAACGGUACGGCUUCGGCUGGGUAUUGGUAUUCGUCUGUUGCGAAACCUACUGGCCCGGCAGAGGGAGGGACGAGCAACAUCUACCCUCCUGGUUCGGAGUUUGCGCUUGUUCAUGCCGAGGCGCAACUGAUGAAUGCUGUUGUUGCCGUCAUGCAUGAGAGUUUGACUGAGGGCAUCAAGGGGUUUUACAAGCUGCGCAAGGCAUUUGUCACGUUGGAAGGGAUCAUGACGGCCGAACAGCAGUACCUUGACUCAAUCAAUGGUAUUUCUUCCGAGGCUUCCGCGCGGCCACCAGCGGGGAGAACUGCUUCUGGGAGGAGGACGAGCUUCUCCGAGGAUCCCAUGCCGGGCACAUUUGACGAGUCCGAAUUCGCCGACCUUGAAGAUCCACCCACCCCGAUACCCGAAGAGACGGACGAGAAGGGGGCAGGCACGAAACCAAAAGCCGACGACACGGCUGUACUGGAUGAGAAACUCGGAAAACUGGCGUCAUCGUCUCCCGGAACACCGGAAAAUUUCCAAACACCUCUUCAAUCACGACCACCAUCUGUCAAGGGCAAAGAUAUCGACACACCACAAGAUGGCGCGCAGACGCCUUCGAGCGCCGCGCAGCUGGCGCAAAUGAAUGCUGCGGGCGCAGAUACGGCGCUGUUCAAGUCUACCGUGGAUAUCUUUGUCCACAGCGGCGCCAACAUGUGCUUUGGAGUGCUUCUCCUGAUCAUCUCCAUGGUUCCGCCUGUCUUUUCGAAGCUCUUGUAUGUGAUCGGCUUCAAGGGUGACCGGGAUCGUGGGGUGCGUAUGCUUUGGCAGGCCACCAAGUUCCCCAACAUCAACGGGGCCAUGGCUGGUUUGUUUCUUCUUACGUACUACAACACAUUUAUCGGCAUGGCAGACAUCCUACCGCCCGACCACGAGCUCGAGCAAAUCGAUGACGGCGACUCUGCCGCCUCGUCAGAACUCGAGGCUGUCAGCUACCCCAAGGAGAAGUGUGCCGCGUUGUUGGUUGCCAUGAGAGAGCGCUACCCCGACUCGAGGCUCUGGAAGCUGGAAGAAGCGAGGAUGCUCGCCAACGAGAAGAAACUCGACGAGGCUAUUGAGACGCUCAAGAAUAACAUGGACAGCAAGAUGCGCCAGGUGGCGGCCUUGAUGAAUUUUGAGCUGAGCAUGGCAUCGAUGUAUGUGAUGGACUGGCCGUCUAUGAAGGACAACUUUCUGAGAUGCGUCGAGCUGAACAACUGGAGCCACGCGCUGUAUUACUAUAUUGCUGGGUGUGCUGAGGUGGAGAUGUACAGAGAUGCGUUCCACAAGCUCAAGACGGCUGAGGGGCAGGAGAAGAGUGUACUGGAGACGGAGCUGGCCAAACACAAGAAGCUUGCCGAGGAGUAUCUGAGGAAAGCGCCAACCGUGGCUGGGAAGAAGAGAUUUAUGGCGAGACAACUGCCCUUUGAGGUGUUUGCUUGCAGGAAGCUGCAGAAGUGGGAGGACAGGGCGAAGAAUUUGGGCAUGGAGCUGGUCGACAUAAUUGCCGUCAGUCCGGCCAUUGAGAUGAUUUACCUGUGGAAUGGAACAAAGAGGAUGGGUGCUCUCUUGCUGGAAAGGGCGAGGGGCUAUCUCAGCUGGGAAAGAUGUACUGCUCCCAAGGACAAGCUGGACAAGAUCAAGGAAGAAAAGGAUGAGCUUGCUAUUUCGGCUUUGGCGGAGUGUGCGUUGCUGAGACAGCUGGGUCAGGGGAAGCAGGCAAGGGCUCUCGUGGAAUCUUUGCUCAGCAUGGACAGAAACAUCUUCAAGGGUCCAACGAGGGACGAUUACUGCCUUGCCGCUGCUCACUACGAGGCGGCAUCGGUUGCCUGGAUGGAGGUCUGUGAUCCCGAGGCCUGGCCAGAGGCCAAUCCCGAAGACUUCCGCAAAGCAAAAACAGAAGAGUGUCAGCAAUAUCUGGAAAAGGUGUCCAGAUGGGAGGGCUUCGUGCUGGAUGCACGAUUUGGAAUCAGAGUCAAGGCUGGCUCCGAGACGUUACGGUGGUUCAAGGACAAGAAAGGCUGGGCGUAAGCCGGAGAUGGGACAGCGAGGAGUUGGCUAAGAAUUUUGCAUGGAACGGCGUUGGGUUACUUGUGGGGGGACAGGCGGUGAUGCACAUGGGGACAUAUUGGAUCUAGACCUGUACUGAUAUCGACCGAGCCAUACUCAGACAGCGGGAUAUGCAAGGGAUACACGGAUGGGUCAUCAAGUUCAAUACAUUGCUUCGUUUCUUCAUUUA